AUGCCGGCCCCGGACCCCAGCAUGUUCACCAGGGAGGACUUAAAUAUAAUCUCCUACAAUGUAAAGGGCCUCAAUGUCAGAGAAAAACGCACAAGACUCCUGAGGGACCUGAAACAAUACAGGACGUCGAUAGCGUUCAUCCAAGAAACGCACUUUCAGGAGAACAGGGCCCCGGCACUGAAGGACCGAAACUUUCGAACGGGGUACUUCAGUAACAACCCAGAUAGACGAACGCAGGGAGUAUGCAUACUAUUCUCCAGCAGAAUCCCGUACAUAGAACAAGCCACCCUUAGAUGCAAACAAGGCAGAUUUAUUUUCACUAAAGGCACUAUCUCAGAUCAAACCUACACAUUCGCCAACAUCUAUGCCCCAAACACGAAACAAUACCAUUUCCUCCGGAGCACUGUGGCUUCCCUGAUGAAGUUUACGGAAGGCACCCUGAUCAUCGGAGGAGACCUAAACCUGGCACUACACCCGGAUCAGGACGCCACGUCCCCACAAGGAGCAACACCACAAAACAGACAUGCGAAAACACUCCGCCUCCUACACCAACACCAGCUGGCAGACUACUGGCGAGCAUUGCAUCCAACCGCCAGGGACUUCACCUUCUACUCAUCGGCACACUUAACAUACACAAGACUGGAUUAUUUCCUAAUGACACACCACAAUCUGAACCUACUUAACGCCGCGGAGAUCCUGCCAAUGACCUGGUCGGACCACUGCCCGAUUCGAAUGCGGCUGAAAUCGCCGCUAUACAGGCCCCGGCAGAUGUCAUGGAGACUAAACGAAUCGAUCCUCUCGGACGUGGUAGUGACAUAA